UAUACUUUUCAAAGGGUUUGAUUGUUGUGUCAGUAUGACUGAAACUAAAAUUUAGCUUAUAAUGGAAUUUGGCAACUAACAUCAACUCAUGCUACUCUUGAUUAACAACUGAGGUUUCUAUGUUAAAAGGAUUUAAGUAGUGUUAGUUUCAGCAAGAACUAUGUACAUGAGAAGAAGUUGAUCUUCGUUAACAUGAGAUAUCAUAAAUCCUCAAAUCCUGGGAAAAAUCUCUAGCUCAGACUGUCUGCUUUCUGCAUUCAUCAUUUAUUCAUCUCUUCAUCUUAAGCCUAGCUGCGAUAGGAGCAUUGAGUCGAAUCCAUGGCUAAAGUAAAUGGUGUUGUUUAUUCAUCUGCGAGAUCAAUGCAGCACACUAAGUGUAUCAUAAGCCAAGGAGCAAAUCAUCGUAGACAGGGAACAAGACAUCUGUCGCUGCCUAACUUGAAAUUCAGUUCAAAGCGAUUCUGGCCAUUAGGUCGAAAGUUAAAUGUACAUAUUGAACUGCGAGGAUUUUCUUUGGUAUGCCAAUCAACAGAAACACAAAAUACAGAAACAAAAGAGCGUGGGAGGAGCCAUCGUGAUGGUUCGGUUAUAUCCAGGGGCAUAAUGAAGUUGGAUGCUCGUGCACGACAAGAUGUUGCCUUUCUUGGUUCAGAGUUCCUCAAACUUGAUGCACGUGCUAGGGAAGACACAGAGAAAAUUGAUAAUGAUGUAAAGAAAAGAGCUGAAAGGCUUCAUCAUGUUGCUACAAUUCUGAGAAAAUUGGCUGAAUCAAGAUUAAAAAGUGCUACUGACAAACACUGGAGUGAUGGUGCUUUGGAGGCUGAUUUAAAGCGAGCUGACUUUGCUGCCAAACGACGUGCUAUGGAAGAUUCUCUGAUGGCGUUGGAGUUUCUCAAAAACAUUCAUGAUAUGAUGGUGAGCAAAAUGCAGAGAUCGAAAAGUGAUCCUGCAGAUGCUACGGAGGCCAGCAGGCAUGUAACACUAGAAAAGAACGGGAAAACUCUUGAGUUUCUCCCAGGGGAGGUAUCUAUAGAUCGUAUUGAUGCCAUUCAGGAAGCUUAUGAGAGCAUGGCUGUUGCACUUUCUGUAGCUGAUGGAAUUGACUAUACCGAUCCUGAAGAGUUGGAGUUGCUUGUGGCAGCUCUUAUUGACCUGGAUGCAAUGGAUGGAAAAAGCAGUGUAUCUCUAUUGGCAGAGUGCUCGAGCUCUCCUGAUGUCAGCACCAGGAGAGCUCUAGCAAAUGCAUUAUCAACCGCUCCAUCAAUGUGGACUCUAGGAAAUGCUGGAAUGGGAGCUCUGCAGAGGCUGGCCAAAGAUAGCAAUCCUGCAAUCGCGGCAGCUGCAGCCAAAACCAUCUAUGAAUUGAAGAGGCAGUGGGAAAUAGAGGAAGGUGAUAGCUGGAGGUUCAUGAUGAAUCAAGAUACCCAAGUUGACAAUACAAAUGAUGAUGAUGAUGAUGAUACUGAAACUAAUUAGGAAUCCAUAUUCAUUUGUAAUCUCUGGACUAUAUCAUUGGUUCUCUUCAAGAAAUUUUGAUAAUGCUCAUUCAAAUCUUGAUUUUGUAUCAUUUUGUAAAAUAAAGUGAGUUAAGUAAUGCCAAUUUAGUGCCCUCAGUUUGUAGGGAUGAGGA